AUGGGUAACAGUAGUUCCAGGUCGACCUCCGCGGAGAUCACGUCGAGACGUGUCACGGCCUGGGAGCACACCAGGACGCUCACUCUCGAGGUGCCCGAUUACCUGCAGCUCAAUGGCAUGGGUGUCGGCGAGUUCAUUAGUUCGCCCGUCGUCGAAUUCUGCGGCUACAAGUGGAGGAUCAAAUUCUAUCCAGACGGGAUCGACCAGGACUGUGACGGCCACGCGUCAGCGCUUCUGUGCUGUUACAGCCAAGAAGAAGGCAUGGUGGAUCCGGACGUGACUGCCAAGUUCACGCUGAGCAUCACGGAGAAAAGGAGCCAGGAAAACGUAGCCCGCUUCGAUCAUGCGCUGAAGCGCGUCUUCUCCACGGGCGAGUUUGCUGAAUCGGCAUUUGGCUAUUGCGAGUUCGUCCAGAAAGACAAGCUGGAAUGGCUGUCCCAAGUCGGGGACGGCUGCUUCACGAUACUCUGUGUCCUCACCGUCGAGUCGCCCUCUCCGCCUCCGGAGCUGCCCACCCAACUGCCCAGCCAACUCCAGGGCAUGCUCGAGGACGGGACAGGCGCCGACGUCACGUUCCGCGUGGGCAGACGCGAGUUCCGCGGGCACAGGUGCGUUCUGGCCGCGCGGUCGCCGGUCUUCAGAGCUCAAUUCUAUGGCCCCAUGGCGAGGAAGGACAAGCCGCGCGUCAAGGUCAUCGACGUGGAGCCGGCAAUCUUCGAGAUGAUGCUGCACUACAUCUAUACAGACUCGCUGCCGCCGCCCUCCGACGCCGAUGACGAAGGAGGCUACGGCGUCGCGGCGAUGCAGCACCUGAUGGUCGCGGCAGACAUGUACGAUCUGGAGAGGCUCAAGCUCAUGUGUGCAGAUGAGCUGUGCAAAACUAUGGAUGCAGCGACCGUUAUGAGCACCUACGCGCUGGCGAAUCAGCACCACUGCAAUCGACUCAAGGAUACGUGCGUGGAAUUUAUGUCGUCAAAACAAGUGUUGGCCGCCAUCCUCGAGACCAAUGAGCACUUCAUGACAAGAUGCCGACCGCUGCCAUUAUCGGACGGGGGUCAUGAAGAGGAACAAGUUGAUCAAAGGAAGAGAUUCAAAAGAGCUCGUACGAAAUAG